UAAAAUAUUUUUUUGUACUUCAGUUAUUUCACUGUCACUUUAUUAGCCGAAAUUGUUAGAUUGUAGACCAGUAAAAACAGGAAGUGGUCAUGGCGAUCCGGUGAAUUAAAAAAUAAAACCACACCUGACCUCAGUCCCCCUACAUUUCCACUGAGCUUCAAAUCAUUUCACCAAAGAGUCUCUUUAACCCGUAUUUUGUAUCACCAUUACUGGUUUAUAAAAAAAACUACAAUAAAUAAAACAACAAUGUUUAGCCUGGUGGCCCGCCAGGCUUAAAAUACACAAAUCAGCUGGAAAACCAACAGCAAUCAUCACCUGGAGGAGGAAUAAAACUCAAUCAGAGCAACUACCCUAUCCUGUGACUUAGUUUCUGUCUUUUAAUGAUGUUUUUCUGCAGGUUUGACCUGUAAAGUUCAGUAACGUGAUAAAUCCCUCAGAACCUGAACCGUUUGGACCUUUUUCUGGAGGAUGACUUCCUGUGGGCUAAAGAGCAGAGCGGCCACUGAGGCAGGAAAUGAAGCUAAUGACAGAGCGGUGGACCCGUCUCUGACCGAUAAUUAAAUCUGUGUUUCAGACGUGUCUAAUGGAUCCACCGCUCACGUCACUGCAGGCCGUUUCCCGUCACCUGCCUCGUCCACGACAGCUUCAAUUACGGAGGAGAGACGGCUGCUGCUAAUGGAUCCGUCCCAGAUGUCCACUGAUUGACCAGAAGGGACAGAAAGGGGCAAAAGAAAUGUCAAAAAGCUGCCGCCAGCAGAGAUAUGAGAGACAAACUGGAGCAACUGGAAUUUCUGUUACAAAGACCCGGUUCAGAACUGGUUCACUAAGGUGAAUGUUCUGUCUGAACGAUUCUCCUGUCUGAGUCAGCAGCCAAUUAGGCAAAAUAAAACAAUAAAAUCUCCGUGUUAAGACAGCUGACGUCCAGAGAGUCAUUCAGGAAUCAGUUCAAAACAAGGAACCUGUUCAAACAAGGAACCUGUUCAAAACAAGGAAUCUGUUCAAAUCAAUGAAUCUGUUCAAACUCACAAAUCAGUGCAGAGAAUUGAAUCUGUUUGGUGUCCGGAACCUUUUCAGAUUCAGGAAUUUGUUCAGUCUGGCUUCUGUUCAGUCAGGAAUCUGUUCAGUCAGGAAUCUGUUCAGUCAGGAAUCGGUUCAGUCUGGAAUCUGUUCAGUCAGGAAUCUGUUCAGUCAGGAAUCGGUUCAGUCUGGAAUCUGUUCAGUCAGGAAUCGGUUCAGUCCGGAAUCUGUUCAGUCAGGAAUCGGUUCAGUCAGGAAUCGGUUCAGUCAGGAAUCGGUUCAGUUCGGAAUCGGUUCAGUCUGGAAUCUGUUCAGUCAGGAAUCGGUUCAGUCCGGAAUCUGUUCAGUCAGGAAUCUGUUCAAUGGGGGGAAACGAGCAGAAAACUUGAACUGAAACUGAAAAACUCCAUCAGAAAUCACAAAGACCUCCGGAUCCAGAAACGUUGAAACUAUCAGGAAAUUCUGAAUCUUAAUAAAUUUAAACUCCUGAUCAGCCAAUCUGGGUGAAAUGACUCUCCCAGCCUCUGCAGCGCCCCCUCUGCUGAUGAUGCGCUCCUGCAACAACAUCCAUCACCUUCCUCCUCCUCCUCCUCCUCCUCCUCCUCCUCCUCCUCACUGGUACCCAGAGCGACAAACCUCAGUGCAUCAGUGUUUGAUUGUAGCCCGAGUCGUGCAGCUGUUCCGCUGCUCCUGAACUGGUGAACCGAACCAAGCCGAACCGAACCGGGAGGAACCGGGCCAACGCACCGGGAUGGACCCCGAGCUGGAGCCGCGUUUCCUGCUGUGAGGAGCGGAGCAGGAGCCUGGAAAGCCCCGGAGGAAAGCGGAGGAGGUGGCGGGGGGGAUCCGGGAGACAGAGCCAUGGCGACUGGCGGCGGCGGAGGCGGCGGCGGGGCGGCGCGCAGGCGGAGAGCCGGGAUCCCCGGGUUCUGCUGGAAGACCUGCUGCUUCCCGCUCCUGCUCUGCGUGGUGUCGGUGUGCGGGGAGGAGAAGACCUUCAUAGUGGAGACGUGGCUGAAGAACUACGGCUACCUGCUGCCUCAUGACGUCAGGACGUCGGACCUGCGGCAGGAGAAGGCCAUGCAGUCCGCCGUGGCGGCCAUGCAGCGUUUCUACGGGAUACCGGUGACGGGAGUCCUGGAUGAAACGACCAUAGAGUGGAUGCGGCGGCCUCGCUGCGGCGUUCCCGACCAUCCUCACACCAGCCGGCGCCAGAGGAACAAACGCUACGCGCUGACGGGGCAGAAAUGGAGGGAGAAGAGGAUCACCUACAGAAUAUCAAACUACACCCCGAAGGUGGGGGAGAAGGACACGCACCGAGCGAUCCGCCAAGCCUUCAACGUGUGGCAGGCUGUCACUCCGCUCUCCUUCCAGGAGGUCCCAAACUCAGACGUGGAGAGCGACGGGAAAGACGCCGACAUCAUCAUCUUCUUCGCCUCUGGUUUCCAUGGCGACAGCUCUCCAUUUGACGGCGAGGGGGGAUUCCUGGCCCACGCCUACUUCCCGGGCGCCGGCAUUGGAGGAGACACCCACUUCGACUCUGACGAGCCGUGGACUCUGGGAAACGCCAACCAUGACGGUAAUGACUUGUUCCUGGUGGCGGUGCAUGAACUAGGCCAUGCUUUGGGUUUGGAGCACUCCAACGACCCCAGUGCCAUCAUGGCUCCCUUCUACCAGUACAUGGACACGCACAACUUCAAGCUGCCAAUGGAUGACCUGCAGGGCAUUCAGAAGAUCUACGGGAUCCCCACCCCCAUGUUGGAACCCACCCGGCCGUUGCCCACGCUUCCCUCCCGACGGACUCACUCCACCUCGGAAUGCCAUCCGGACCGGGUCGCCCGGCCGGGUCGGCCGCCCGGCGACCGCCCCGCUCUGCCCGGCAACGGAAAACCCAACAUCUGCGACGGGAACUUCAACACCGUGGCGUUCUUCAGAAAGGAACUGUUCGUUUUCAAGGAUCGCUGGUUGUGGCGUCUGAGGAACAACAAGGUCCUGGAGGGUUAUCCCAUAGAGAUCGACCAGUUCUGGAAGGGCCUGCCUCCUCGCAUCGACGCUGCCUACGAGAGGUCCGACGGAAAGUUUGUCUUCUUCAAAGGUGAUAAGUUCUGGGUGUUUAAGGAGGUGAAGGCCGAGCCGGGUUACCCUCAGAGCCUCAUGGAGCUGGGCAGCUUCCUCCCCAAAGAUGGCAUCGAUGCCGCCGUCCGCUGGGAGGUCGUCGGGAAAACCUACUUCUUCAAAGGAAACCAGUACUGGCGCUACAAUGAGGAGAAGCGGACGGUGGACCCGGGAUACCCGAAGCCCAUCAGUGUGUGGGAUGGAGUCCCCGACUCUCCCCAGGGAGCCUUCACCAGCAGGGAGGGAUAUCACACCUACUUCUACAGGGGGAAGGAGUACUGGAGGUUCGACAACCAGAAGCUGACGGUGGAGCCUGGAUAUCCAAAGUCCAUUUUACAAGACUGGAUGGGCUGCUACCAGUCCGAGAUGGAGCGCUCCGGCAGCAACCGCGGAGACCGGCAGCUGCCACUUGACGACGUGGACGUCAUCGUGACCAUCAACGACGUCCCCACGACCGUCAACGCCAUCGCCGUGGUGAUACCAUGCAUCCUGUCGCUCUGCAUCCUGGUGCUGAUCUAUACCAUUUUCCAGUUUAAGAGCAAAGGAGCGCAGCAGAACACGAUCAUGCAGCAUUAUUACAAAUACCCGGUUCAGGAGUGGGUAUGACAAGGGACCAGAACCCCAAAGCUGUCGUUAUUUUCAGCCAACAGAACUGGACCGACAGAUUCUACUAGCUGGAGAGAGAAGAUCUGAACUUUGAGACAAAGAGUUUAAAAGAAAUGUUCAUAUUUGGGGAUGUUAAAACCAAACAGGGUUGACAGUAAAAUAAAGUCCAGAGUGAUGUGGA